AUGACCCGGGUUAACCUUCUCCAUGAGAGAAAUUUGACGGGCAAAGGCGUGAGAGUCGCGAUAAUUGACGGCGGGGUAGACUACUUGCACCCUGCGCUUGGCCAAGGCUUUGGAGACGGGCAUCAGGUCCAAUACGGAUGGGAUUUCGUCGGCGACAAUGUUAAACCUCCCAACAAAGAGCAACCAGAUGAUGACCCAUACGGCGAUUGCUCUAACCACGCCACUCACACUGCUGGCAUUCUCUUCGCUCAAGAUGUGGACGGAAAGACGGGGUUUAGAGGCGUCGCACCCGGUGUGACUGUGGAGCAUUACAGGGUGUUCGAUUGUAAUGGUAUGAGCACAGGCGACGUUGUCGUGCGUGCCGUCUUACGUGCCUAUGAACGAGGGGUCGACCUAAUCAACCUUUCUUUGGGUAGUGGAAGCAAGCCAUUUUCUGACGGCAUGUUUGUUCCCCAAAAUGGCUUAUCAGGCUGUUCCUUCGGACCGUGCUAA